UGAAGAUGGCUACAGCCGAAAGAGGCAUCAAGACCCAGAGCUGAAGAUGGCUACAGCCGGCUCCUUUCCUCUGCUGGUAGAAGGCUCUUGGGGCCCGGAUCCCCCGAAGAACUUGAGCACCAAGUUGCAGCUGUACUUCCAGAGCUCGAAGAGGUCGGGAGGCGGGGAAUGCGAGAUCCGCCGGGAACCCGGGAGCCCUCCCCGCUUCACGGUGCUCUUCUUCCCGGACGACGUUCGGCAGAGAGUCCUGGAGAGAGACAACCAUGAGUUAGUAUGGCCUGGACAAGGAACAUUCAAGUUAACUGUCAAGUUGCCCACAGCCCCAGAUGAAGUCCAAAAUGUCCUUGAAGAGGAAAUUCCAAGGAAGGAAUCCAAGACCAAAGUCCACAUUCGAGAACCAGAUGUGUCCGAAGAACCAGAUACAAAACCCUCUCUCAAUAGAAGAUCAGAAGAAAUGGAAGAUAUUGGAGCAGAAAGUGAAAUCAUUUCUUCUUUGGUUGCACUUGAAAAUCUCCAGGAAAAUGUGACUGAUUCGAUGUUAAUCUUGUUAGUGGAGAACACGAGUGGUUUGUCCAAUGAUGACUUUGAAGUGGAAAUAAUUCGCGAUUUUGAUGUUGCUGUAGUUACCUUUCGAAAAUACAUAGAUGUCAUAAAGUUUGUUGCUGACUGUGCCAGGAUCUCUAAAGUGAAACAACUUAAGCUAACUCCAAGACCUCUGGAAGUCACAAGAACAAUCAGGGUGGAAAACCUGCCACCUGGUGUUGAUGACUCUGAAUUAAAACUUGUAUUUGAAAAUCCUGAUAAUGGAGGAGGAAGAGUUGCCAAAGUUGAAUGUUUUCCUGAAGAGAGUUCUGCUCUCAUUGAAUUUUUGGACAGAAAAGUGGUCGACACCAUCAAAACCAAGAAACUCGAGCUCAACAAAAUGCCGCUCUCCGUGUUCCCAUACUACUCCUCCUUGGGCACAGCCUUGUACGGAAAGGAGAAGCCUCUGGUCAAGCUUCCAGCACCCUUCAGAGAAUCGUUGGACCUUCCCUUGUGGAAGUUCUUGCACAAGAACAAUCACCUGAUCGAGGAGAUGAAUGAUGAAGUGAGACGCUGUCACUGUGAGUUCACAUGGUCUGAACUCAAUGGGGAAGUUACCAUCCAACCUGCACCCUCCUUACUCAGUCAAGGAAGACAGAGAAUCAAGAGCUGGCAGAAAAAUGCUUCCACAGCCUUCGCUGGCAUCAGGUCUAAAUAUAAAGUCUCCUCAUUUAAAGUGGAUCCCUUCGUGUGGGACACCAUGAAAAGUGACUUACAAGACAACAGGGUGUUGAUUGAGUUUGAUACACUGCUGGACAUCGUCACUUUGACGGGGAGAUCAGAGGAUGUACAAAAGAUUGAGCCACAACUCACAGAAUUAAUAGAAAGCACCACGCAAAGAAUUAAAAGGGAACAGCAAAGCCUGAAGGAAAAAGUGUCCCUUUCUCCAGGGAGAUUUUCUCUCCUGUGCCACAGUGGUGCACUGGAACGUUUCCGCCCAGAAGGCCCAGAGGUGGAGAUAGUCUACGAUGAACCCUCUCAGCACAUGAGCAUCAAAGGGCUCCCUGCAGAUGUGUAUAAGGUGAAGUGUGAAGUCCAGGAGAAGGUGCACGCCAUGGCUCAGAAACACGUGCAGGUUCCCCCUGAGGUUUUCCAGUUUUUACAACAGGUAGACUCUACCGAAUUCUCUAAGUCUCUUUUUAUAGCACAGAAAAUUCUUGCAAUUUAUGAGCUAAAGGAUCCAAGUGUUCUCUUAACCAGCUGUUCUCCUGAAGUCCUAUUAGAAGCUGAAAAGCUAAUGACCAGUGCCUUAAAUUAUCAGCGCAUAGAUGUUGAGAACAGACACGUUCUCAAUGGCAAGAAAUGGAAAGGACUCACUCGCAGCUUGCUCAACAAACGUAAUUCCUCCUCAACAACUGUAAUAAUCAAUGAAUUAAUUUCAGAUGUCAAUGCUGAGGUCAUUGUGGCCGGCUGUGUGAGAGAAGUAAAAGAAAUUCAUCACUUACUUUUUGACUUUCUGGAAAAACACACAAUCAUAAAAAGGAUGAUUGAAAUAGAGUCUUCCUUAAUUAUUGAGUACUUACAGGCAGAAAAGAGGUCAUUCUGGCCAAAGAUAAGAAAGCCAAACAUGCAGAUAGAGUUCCAUCUUGAGAAAAACCAAAAAGGUCCAAAAGGAAUUUCACUAACUGGUCCAAAGAUAGACGUCCGGAAGGGAAUAGACUUCAUCAUGCAAGUCCGGGAUUCUGUCUGUGUUAAAAGUACCUGCAUUAAUCACCCAGGAGCCAGACAGUUAUUCCAGGAAAAAGAAGAGUUUUAUAUAUGUGAGGCCAAAAGGCUGUUUGGUUGUUUUAUUAAACUACAGGAGAACAAAGAAAAGGCAGAAGGGGGCGCUGAUGAGCAGAAAUGCCUCUGUCGGGUGGACUUGGCCCCUGGAGUCUCCUUGAUUGUGCAGCAGGGCGACCUGACUGGGUUCCCCGUGGAAGUGGUGGUGAAUGCAGCCAAUGAGGAGCUCCAGCACAUCGGGGGCCUUGCUGCUGCUCUUUUAGAAGCAGCAGGCCCUGAGCUCCAAGCCGACUGUGACCAGAUAGUGAAGAGAAAUGGCAAGGUCCUACCUGGCCACGCCACCAUCUCAAAGCCAGGAAAGCUCCCAUACAGGCACGUGAUCCACGCAGUCGGGCCCCACUGGAGGAAAAAUGAGGCCCAGAGGUGUGUGUCCCAGUUGAAGACAGCCAUGGAAGAAAGUCUUUGUUUGGCUGAAAAACACAAGUGUCAGUCCAUCGCCAUCCCUGCUAUUAGUUCUGAAAACUUUGGCUUCGCCUUACCCCAGUGUGUGGAGACCAUCGUUUCUGCUGUCAAGGGGCAUUUCCAACAUAAGUCAGAUGGAUGCACCUUGAAAGAAAUCUACCUUGUGGAUACAGCUGAGAAGACUGUUGAGGCCUUUGCCAGCGCCAUGAAAACUCUAUUUAAAGAUGCCCGGCCCGAUGCUGCUUCCCUGCCCAGAUUGCCAGCAGCCAGGCAGCCCGACUUGAGAGAAGAUCAUGGGAAUGGACAAGUUCUCUUGUCCCCAGAAGGCCUGAGGGUCUUGUUGGUGAAAGAAGAGGUGCAGAACGCUGUGGUCGAUGUUAUCGUCAACUCCAUUCCCUGGAGUCUUUCACUAAAUAAUGGACCCCUUUCUCAAGCCCUCUUGGGAAAAGCUGGGCCACAACUCCAGGAGGAAUUGAACGCAGCUGGACAAGGGGUGGCUGUGGACGUGGGCACAGUUCUCCUCACCAGUGGCUGCAAUCUGCAGUGCCAGCAUGUGCUUCACGUGGUGGCUCCAGGGUGGAAAAAUAACAGCACAUCUGCACACAAGAUCAUGGAAGACUUAAUCAGAAAAUGUUUGGAGAUCACUGAGAAACUGUCCUUAAAAUCCAUUGCAUUUCCAGCCAUAGGAACAGGAAUUUUAGGCUUUCCUAAAUCUGAUUUUGCCAAAUUAAUCAUUUCAGAAGUGUUCAAAUUCAGUAGCAACAACCAAGCCACCACCUUACAGGAGGUUCACUUUAUGCUGCACCCAAAGGAUCAUGGAAAUAUCCAGGCAUUCUCAGAUGAAUUUGCUCGAAGGGCUAAUGGAAAUUUUGACAGUGAUGCCAUUCACAAGACUGAAGAUACACAAGGUUUCUACGGGACUGUGUCUAGCCCCCAGCCGGGAGUGCACAAAAUGAAGAUUGGUCCCAUCACGUUCCAGGUGGCCACUGGAGAUAUCACCACUCAACAGGCAGAUGUUAUUGUAAAUUCAACAACAAAAACAUUUGAUCUCAAAGCAGGAGUCUCCAAAGCAAUUUUAGAAGGUGCUGGAGAAGGUGUAGAAACCCAAUGUCGUCUUCAAGGUAAACAGGGCAACAGUGAUUACCUAAUCACAGGAGGUGGUUUACUGAAGUGCAAGAAUAUUAUUCAUGUCGUUGGUGGAAAUGAUGUCAAGACAUCUGUUACCCAUGUUUUGCAAGAGAGUGAAAAACGGAAUUACUCGUCCAUUUGCCUCCCAGCCAUCGGGACAGGAAGUGCUAAUCAAGACCCAGAUAAGGUUGCUGGAGCCAUCAUAGAUGCCAUUGAAGGUUUUGUCCAGAAAGGAUCUAUUCAGUCUGUGAAAAAAGUUACGGUUGUUCUCUUUAGGCCUCAGUUCCUGGAUGUGUUUUAUGCCAACAUGAAGAAAAGAAAAGGAUUUCAACCUUCUCCCCAACAAUCUGUGAUGUCUUACAUUCCACAAUUUUUGCCUCGCAACUAUUGUUAUUAUUUAUUACCUUUGACUUCUGUCUUUCCUUUUUUAGAAUUUUGGCAUGUUUUGAUUCUUCUUUUUUUUAGUUUGGUUAUUUUCUUGUUUUAUUUAAUAUUUUUGGGCUCCUCACGAUGCUCUUCAAAAGAAUACAAUCCUUCAGUUUUGGAAAAUAAAACAGAGUCAGUAAUUUUUCAGGUGUGUGGUGAAAAUAUAAAGUGUGUGGAAAACGCCCUCUCCUGGAUACAGGAUCUGAUUGAAAAGGAACAAUACUCUUACAGCAGUGCAGAUGAGUGUAUCAAAGACUUUGAUGAAAAGGAGGUCCAGAAAUUGAAUGAGCUACAGAAGAAAUUAAACAUUACUAUAUACUUGGACCAUAAAAAACCUUUGAUUGAGGUUUUGGGAAUUGGCAGAGAUGUGGCUGAGGCUAGAAAUGAAAUUGAGGAAAUGAUCAAGAGAGUAAGAUUGGCCAAAGAAAAGGAAUCCCAGGCAGAUUGUAUCUAUGAAUUUAUAGAAUGGCAAUAUCAUGACAAUAACACUUACCACAGUUUUGACAAAAUGACCAAUCUGCAAUUAGAGAAUGCCCGGAAAAAUCGCCAGAUGACAACUGAAGUCACAAUUAAUCAGCAGAUCUACACAGUGAAUUUGAAAACAAACAGGGCUACAGAUGCAAAUGGACACAGUAUACCUGUUCAGCGCCUCAGGAAAUUUGAGAUCCCUGGAGACUGGGCUGACAUGAAGCAGCAAGAUUUCCUUGUGGUUGAUCUACAGCCUGAUGAUGAAGAUUAUAAAUUUGUGGCAGGAAAGUUUAAUCGGACCUGCGCAAAAUUCAAGAUAGAGAAGAUUCAGAGAAUCCAGAAUCCAGACCUCUGGAAUAGCUAUCAGACAAAGAAGCAAAACAUGGAUGGCAAGAAAAACCGUGACAGCAACGAGAAGUGGCUCUUCCAUGGGACAGAUGAAAAGUCAGUGCCACAUAUCAACCGCAACGGCUUUAACCGCAGUUAUGCUGGGGAGUACGUGUUAUAUGGAAAAGGAACCUAUUUUGCUGUCAAUGCAGAUUGUCUUCAUUGGCAGCAACGUGGGCCAAGAGGCGGAGCAGUGCCACAGGGAGUCAGUGCACAGUGCACUCAGAAGGUAGAAGUCUGCAGGAGGAUGAAGGUGUCUUUCCUGGGCUCUGGGGUGAUGCCUGCACUUCAAGUCAAGGAGAUUGAAGGCGCCACAGUUGCUUCUGCAUUAACACAGACAUCUUGAAAUGUUUCUUGCUGUCACUGUUUGUCUUGUAAGUGGUUUGCAAAGACCCCUAACUGCUUAGGUGGCUUCCCUGAUACUUUCUCAUCUGAACUGAUUGACAAUGAGAAAAAAAUAAAAUGGAGAGGGAGCUACCUGGUGGUGCAGGGGUUAAAGACAGCGCUAUCAAGCUAUUGCCAGCCUCUGAAGCAUGAGUUUGAGUUCGAUUCCCUGGCUGGCCAGGGAGGUGACCCACAUGGCCCAGCAGACCUUUCCUGUCUUGCCUGCUGCCCAUUUCAGCACUGUAUUUCAGUAGAUCUGCCUGUUCUCCCCACUGCGUCACUGUUGAAUCCUCUUACGCCAUACACCUCUGGCUUGUACCCCAGUUCUCAUAC